AUGGGUUCUACCAUUGAUGACACACCGCUUCUGGAAAAAGAGGGUCUUCCUCAGGACGAAAGGAGGGAAGAAUACACAGGAGAUGGCUCAGCUGACUUAAGUGGCAGGCCUGUUCUUAAGAAGAACACUGGCAAUUGGAGGGCUUGUCCUUUUAUCCUUGGCAAUGAGUGUUGUGAACGUUUGGCCUUCUUCGGAAUUACAACAAAUCUUGUUACCUAUCUUACCACCAAAAUGCAUCAAGGAAACGUUUCUGCUGCGAGAAAUAUCAGCAUCUGGCAAGGCACUUGUUAUCUUACACCUCUCGUUGGAGCUGUUCUAGCUGAUGGUUACUGGGGUCGAUACUGGACAAUUGCUGUUUUCUCUUUGAUUUAUUUCAUUGGGAUGUGUACUUUGACACUUUCUGCAUCUUUACCAUCCUUGAAGCCUGCUGAAUGUUUGGGUUCUGUAUGCCCUUCAGCUACUCCUGUACAAUAUGCUGUGUUCUACUUUGGUCUGUACGUGAUUGCGCUUGGGACUGGUGGUGUGAAAGCGUGUGUGCCAUCUUUUGGGGCAGAUCAAUUUGAUGAUACUGAUCCGAAGGAAAGGAUUAAGAGGGGGUCGUUUUUCAAUUGGUAUUAUUUUUCUAUCUACCUAGGUGCCAUUGUGUCAUGCAGCUUAAUUGUGUGGAUUCAAGACAAUGCAGGAUGGGGUCUUGGAUUUGGCAUCCCUGCUUUGUGUAUAGGAUUUUCUAUUGUAUGCUUCUUCAUAGGCACGCCUCUCUACAGGUUUCAGAAGCCAGGGGGAAGUCCUGUUACAAGGAUGUGCCAGGUUUUGUUUGCGUCUGUCAGGAAAUGGAAUCUGGUUGUCCCUUGGGACAGUAAUCUCCUGUAUGAGAUACCAGAAGAGAGAUAUGCAAUUAGAGGGAGUCGCAAACUGGUGCAUAGUGAAGAUCUAAGGUGUCUUGAUAGAGCAGCAAUAGUAUCCGAUUAUGAGAGUAGAAGUGGUGACUAUUCUAAUCCAUGGAGACUUUGCACAGUUACACAGGUGGAAGAAUUGAAAAUCUUGAUCCGAAUGCUUCCAAUUUGGGCCACUGUGAUAAUUUUUUCUGCUGUUUAUGCCCAGAUGUCAACAUUGUUUGUGGUGCAAGGAACAAUGAUGGACACAUGUAUUGGUUACUUCAAAUUACCCCCAGCAUCCCUCACAACUUUUGAUGUCAUAAGUGUUGUUUUGUGGGUCCCUCUCUAUGACAGGAUAAUUGUUCCCAUCACAAGGAAGUUCACAGGCAAGGAAAGAGGCAUUUCAAAGUUGCAAAGAAUGGGCAUUGGCCUUUUCAUUUCAGUCUUGUGCAUGUUAUCAGCUGCUGUUGUGGAGAUUAUGCGUCUGCACCUUGCAAAAGAGUUUGACCUUGUGGAUAAACCUGUUGCAGUGCCCCUUAGUAUAUUUUGGCAAAUCCCUCAAUACUUCUUCUUAGGGGCAGCAGAAGUAUUCACAUUUGUGGGGCAGCUUGAGUUCUUGUAUGACCAAUCUCCCGAUUCUAUGAAGACUCUAGCUACUGCACUGCCACUUCUGAAUUUUUCAUUGGGAAAUUACUUGAGCUCUUUAAUUCUUACUGUAGUAACUUACUUCACCACACAAGGUGGAAAACAUGGUUGGAUUCCUGAUAACUUGAACAAAGGUCAUCUCGAUUACUUCUUCUUGCUUUUAGCUGGACUUAGCUUUUUAAAUAUGUUGGUGUACAUAGUUGCUGUCAGAAGGUACAGGCAGAAGAAGGUUUGUUAA